AUGGACGAGGCCGGCAAUACUACACCAGCUGCGGGUCACCUACAAUGUUCGUCGCAGGAUGCUCAAAUGGUCCCUCAUGAUGAUCGCACUGAUCAGGACAUCCGGGCUCUGCUGAAGCCAUCACGCGUCCUGGCCGCCUUGGACAAAUUCUUCGCUGACCUGCAUCCCCUGCCCGGUCUUUCAUUCCUCCAUCGGACGUCUUUGCUCCAACGCUGGCAUGCGGGGGUUGUUGACGACAUCCUCCUGUUAGCCAUCAUCGCUAUCACAUCUCAAGGGCCUGAUGUCGACGAAGCAGACCGCGUGACGGGGGCUGAAUGCCUUGAGGUGGCCGAAAAGAUCAUCAGGGAUACUCCAGGACGGCCGUCACUUCUCAAAGUCCAAGCCCUGGUGCUAUUGAUACACACCAGAAUCCGCAGAGGCGAGUUCUCCGUCGGCUUUUUGCUCACCGCAACUCUUGCUAGGUCCGCGUUCGCCCUUCGCCUCAAUUACGAGAACUCCAAGUUGUGUUUCCUGGCCCGAGAGUCUCGCCGGAGACUGGUGUGGGCAGUUUACACUCUGGACACGAGGUUUGCUGGUGGGCUUGCUGAAUUCACCCUCUGCCCUCCCGACACGAUCCAUCUUCGACUACCGUGUCCAGAAGAAAACUUCGAACUAGACAUUGAAGAAGAUUCCGAGCCGCUGGAGCAAACCAUGUCGCCGCAGACUACAAAGCUCGGUUCAUUGGCACUCUACAUCCGGAUCAUGUGGUUUCGAGAUCGCGUACUCAGAUAUACCAAGAGCAUUGUAUCUUCCCGACAGAAUAUUGACACGAUCCCUGACGAAAUUCGGGAACAUGAGCAGAUGCUGGACGCCUUCUCACAGAAUUUGCCGCUUUCUGCCACCUUCUCCGAAAAGAACCUCCGCCUUCGUGUCUUCUCUCCGUGGCUUUCCCGCUACAUUAUGACCCAUUUGUGGUUCCAAGCGUGUUACUGCGACCUUUACCGGUGUUUUCUGGGGCAGUUUCAUGAAUCAUUCCCGUACAGUCAACUUUGCCACUUCGACCGCGACUUCGUGCUGCGAGGCCAGGCGAAAUGCUUUCAGCACGCCGUCAAUUUCACCGAGAUAUGUGCCUUGGUCCUGGCCCUAAAACCGGGCAAUAUCAAACUGGAUCCAGAAGUCGCCGAUUGCACCUACCAUGUGGCCCGCAUCAUUCUCUAUGGCCGCAUUGACCCUACAGCAUUCUGCAUGACGCCAGAUCAAGUUACCGAAAGAGCCACGCACUGCCUACGCUUUCUUCAAAGGCUGGCGCGUGAAUACCCGACAGUAUUUCCAAUAGUCAGUCCCCUUCCUACUAACCAGCUUAGUUCCCCCGUUCUUCGUGCAAAAACAUCUAAUAUUCUUUUCCACCAGGCUAAAGACCUUGGAAAGCUCAUCGAGGCACGAGGGAGUGAAUCCAUUCCGGCUCUCUGCGCGACAUCAGAUGCUCCGGACGACGCUGGCUCCACCGAAUCACAGCCACCAACCCCGAUGGCCCGCGACGAUAAUCAAAUCAUCUCAAAGCUCAGCAUACUGAACCGAUCGAGGUUUUUUGACGAGGGAGACACACUCGAGACGCCGUCGGGGCCGGCGCCGACGACGACGACGCGUAGUGCUCGUGGUGGCAUAUGCUCUGACUCGACGGCUUGGAGAACCGGUCCGAGCUUCGUCGACGCGACGUUGGACCGUUUUGAUCAUCGACACCGAACAGAUCUCCUCCCGGUCACAACGUCAACAUGUCCGGACUGGAUGCGAGAGGAUAUCAUGACUUCGGCGGUGGAUGCGAGCUCGUGGGCCGACGCUUAUUGGGAUGACCAGAACAAUGCAUUUCAGGAGGCGUACGCCGGCGCCAUCUUCGAUUCUCUAACUCUCUACCACGAUGAUCACGCAACGUGA